AUGGCCGGCAUCAAGUUCUUGACGUACAAUGUCUGGUCAUGUGAGCACGUCGCAGUGUACCGAAGGAUACGGGCGAUCUGCGAGAUCAUAGAGCGCCAUGAUCCCGACGUCAUCUUCUUGCAGUUGAGCAAGCUGAACGCGAGAAAGGAGCUUCUUCCUGAAUACAGCCACUCCUGGGCGGUGGGAUCACCGUCACCGCCACAUUCUCCUCGUGCUGGAAAGAUACCUUCUGAUCUGCUGUCAGCCCGGGUAUACGAGACCCACCACCGCCUGCGCGCGGCGACGUGCAGCCUCGCGGGCCCGAAUCCGUCGGACAUCGGCUCCGUGCACCGUCGCGCCAGGGCCGGCGCUUUCCUGGAGCACUUCGACGCCGUCCACCAGCCAUACGAUAGGAGCUUCGUGCUCGAUGGAAACGUCGUGCUCGGCGGCGACUUGGGCUGGGACGACGACCUGGACGGGCCGCUCCGGCUCGGCAAUGAAGGGUGGGUGGACGCCUGGCGCGAGCUGCGGGGCGGCGACGAGGACAUCGCCGGCGGCUGGACGUACGACGCGUUGGCGAACCCGAUGCUGAGGGGGCUCAACCUGCCGGCCGAGCGUCGGAGGCCGGACAGGUUCAUCUGCAAACUGAGUGACUUCAAGCUGGGCAGCAUCGAGAUGGUGGGCGUGGAGCCGAUUCUCGGCGUGACGCGCUUCGACGACAAGGGGAACGUUCUGCCAGUCCUCCCCAGCCAUCACUUCGGGUUGCUGCUGACCAUCUCCCCGAAGCAUGGUUAG